UGGCUCUCUCUUUCUCCCUCUCUGUCUCACUCUCUCUCUUUCUCUCCGUCUCCUGUCGGAGCACAAUGAAAGCCUGUGUAUCGCCGUGACUCCGGGCGGCGGAGCCAGUGUCAGCAAAGCGGCUAACAACAGACGGGAAACAGAAAGGAAAAUACAAGCUACUUUUUUUUUUUUUUUCCAUCUAUAAAGCGGAGCAAUACAAGAGAUAGAACCACAUUGCUUAUUGCGAGUCCAGACCCUCAGAUCCACUGGCCGGGGAUGGAAUGUACAAAAGUGGACAGAAAAGUGGCUGGACAUGACUCGGUGCAAUUGGCUGGAAGUUUGUAAGUUUGACCAUCGUUCGUAAAUUACUCUCAGAAGAGUUUGUCUCUCUUGAUACUGUGUUAGAAUAGAGCCGGGGGUGAGGAAGCCUAAGCGGGAAGGAAAAAAAUGUGUUGAAGGAUCUCUCUCAGUGGCUAGCGACUUGAUCAGACUGCUUUCAUUUAAGGCUAGGAAACCUUAGAGGGAAUGAGGAUUUUACCGGUGAUUGGAUUAGCUGAAGAAAAGAGCAUGGUCCAAAAGUCCAAUUACUGACAUUGUUAACAAUUGAAAAGGCAUCUCCCUCUUUUGGGAGAAGACAACAUCCUACAGUACCCCAAAGAGGAGAAAACACCGGAGCCAAAGGAAAGGGAGGAAAAAUUAAAAGCCAAAAGACAGCCUCUCUUGAUUUUUGUACAUUCUGAACAUUGACUUCGAAAAUUUUCUGAAACAGCACUUUUUUUUCCUAACCCGAGGAAAAGUAAAGGCUGCAGGUUACAUAGACGUGGUAGAGCUGUGUUUCUCUGCAGAAACAUCCCCAUAAAAUUUUUUCUGAAACAACUAGGUGAGGGGGAGUCCAGCUCUCUAUUAAUACCCCUCUCAAUUCCCUUUGCUGUCUGUUUCUGUCUCUGGCUUGACAAAAUCCCUGAAUUCUUGCUCUAACCCCCAGAUCGUGUGUUUACAAAGUACCUAGUGGCUCUCGUCAGCGUGGUGGGGGGAGAAAAAAAGCCCCACCAACUCUGUCCAACUUCUCAAGAGCUGUCAAAUGCAAUUAGAGUAAGUUGAUAAGGGUUUGUUUCCAACUAAUCCUCUGCGAUUGGUUUCUGUUCUGUCUCCUCACCCUCUUUUUACUAACUCCCCUCCCCCACACCUUCUCCACUGCUCCCCCCAACCUCUGAAGACCUCUAUUCAUGUGGCCCUGAACACUGAGCUCACAUUGUCAAGAACAGAUUUGGCUGCAAUAGCCAGCAGUAGCCUCCUUCCACCUCACCACCCCAGAGGCAGCAUUGUGUCCAGUAAGAUGGGGGACACAGCGCCCCCACAGGCCCCCACAGGAGGGCUAGGGGGGGCCCCUGGGGCGGGGCUCCUUGGAGGGGGCUCAGUCACCCCGAGAGUGCACAGUGCUAUCGUGGAGCGCCUCCGGGCUCGGAUCGCCGUCUGCCGCCAGCACCACCUGAGCUGUGAAGGACGCUAUGAACGUGGUAGGGCUGAGAGCUCAGACCGGGAGCGAGAGAGCACCUUGCAGCUCCUGAGCCUGGUACAGCACGGCCAGGGGGCGAGGAAGGCUGGCAAGCACACCAAGGCCACCGCCACUGCGGCCACCGCCACUGCCCCUCCACCGCCCCCCGCUGCCCCUCCCGCAGCCUCUCAAGCCGCAGCGACAGCCGCCCCCCCGCCCCCACCAGACUAUCACCAUCACCACCAGCAGCACCUGCUGAGCAGUAGCAGUAAUGGUGGCGGUGGUGGGAUCGGCGGGGAGCCGCAGGCACAAGCUUCGACCCCUGGGGACCAGAGGAACUCAGCCCUGAUCGCGAACAAAGUAAUAAAGGGAGAGUUCUUAUCUCUCCAGGACCUUCCUACUACUUCUUUCAAGUAAAUAUAAUUAUAAGAUCUCACAAAGGCAGAAGAGUUCAAGUGGAGAGAGAAGUUGGCACAAUCCUUUAUCAAAAAUGGACAGAGAGCUUGCUUUGACAGCGAGGGCUGUUAUGUCAAGCAAGAUGCCUUGCUUGUUUGGGUCAGUGUUUGUUUACAGAAGGCAUCUGUGUUCUUUGAAAUGAUGUCCUUAUUAGGUGAUGUUUUUCAAACCUUAGAGUUCUGAACCUUGAACUUUAAUAUUGUGUGGCUUCCCUACGCCUGUAGACCUUUUGUAAGUUACCAAGACAAACAUGGGUUUUCAAAUGUUCUAAGACAUAAUAAUUAAAUAUGACUAAAAGAGCAGCUGUGAUUAGCUGUUCUUGUUUUUAA